GCCACACCCAGACAUAGCUGGUCCUCUUGUUAUAUAUAAAGACAAACACUGCCUACUUUCACAAUCACUCUUGGACUCAUAAAUCAUGGGUACGAUCUACCCCAACACAACAACUGAGAACUACAAUCACAGCUACGAUGACUAUUACUUCGACCUCUUCGAAUUAAUUCCCUGCGACAAUAUCAACAUAAAGGCCUUCAGCAGAGUCUUCCUCCCUACACUCUACAGCAUCGUCUUCAUCGUGGGGUUCAUCGGCAACGGCUUGGUGUUGUGUGUCCUGGUCAAGUUCAGCAAAAGGUCCAACAUGUCAGAUGUGUGUCUCUUCAACCUGGCGCUUUCAGACCUCCUCUUCCUUCUCUCGUUACCUUUCUGGGCUCAUUAUGCCCUCACCAGUCAGUGGACCUUCGGGAGCUUCAUGUGCCGUACAGUGGCGGCGUUCUACACGCUGGGAUUCUAUGGAAGCAUCUUCAUCAUGAUCCUCAUGACUGUAGACCGCUAUGCUGUCAUUGUCCACACCCAGACCUCCCUGUUCUCUAAGCACCGGUCUGUCAGAGCUAGCAUAGUCCUGAUUUUGUUUAUGUGGACACUUAGCCUGGGAGCUUCUCUGCCCACCGUCAUUUGGGCACAAGUGAACAAUAAAUCAGAAGUAUGGACAUGCAGUGUGGAAUAUCCAGAAGGAACAGAGUGGAGGUGUUUUUCUUACAUCGAGCUUAAUGUCCUCAGCCUGAUUAUUCCUCUGUCAGUGAUGUUGUUCUGCUACUCGCGCAUCAUCCCUAUCUUAAUGACCAUGAAGUCUCAGAAGAAACACAGAGCUGUCAGGCUCAUGCUGGUCUUGGUCAGUGUUUUCUUCCUCUUCUGGACACCUUACAACAUUGUCAUCUUCCUGAAGUUCCUGCACCAUUUGGGUUACUUGAGCACUUGUAAGUGGUAUCAGGACCUGAACAUGGCUAUGCAGUGGGUGGAAACGAUAGCGUUCUGUCACUGCUGCAUCAACCCCAUCAUCUAUGCCUUUGUGGGGCAGAGAUUCAGGAAUUUAUUUCUAAGGAUCCUCCAAGAGUGGUUUCCUUGUUGCUUUGGUUCGUAUACAAGAGUCAAACACGAGCCGACAGAGAGGUGGGUCUCGGUGUACUCACGCUCCUCAGUUAAUACCAGCACAGAGUCCGUUCAGCCAUAAGGGCAAAAGUGCAGCAUGUAGUUUAAACACAGUUAUAAGCAGACAAAACUGAAACUGUAUUAAGGGGAAAAAUAAUUACUGGUUAGGUUUCUUUUUUUUCCAGAAAAGGUUUUUGAGUGUUUUUUUUUGCUUUUGUUUGUAUUUUUGCACAGAAUAUGCUACAUUAUUAACACAAAAUUAUCUUAAAACCUUCACUAAAAGUUAAUAUUUUUGUCAUUUAUUUGUCAGACUUACACAGUGAUGCAUAU